CUGAAUUAUCCUAAAUUCCAUUCCAGAGGGCUUAAAUGGUGAAGUGAACCGAAAGGUCAACAUGCAAAAUAUGAACCCAAGAUGGUGUUGUGAGGAGACUCUGGUUACCUCCCAUGAUUCAAUGACUCUCCUGGGUUAUUAUUUUCUUAUGUGACUGUUGCAACCAAAAAGAUGAACUGUGGUCAGUGUCCUUUUCCAAACGUUUUCAUGUAACAAAAUUCUGAUUCUUGGCUGUUUGAGGUUUUGGCCCUUUUCUUCAUAGGGGGAUGAGAUCUUUUUGGUAGGUCUAGCAGGGCUGUUCAGUAGAACUAAUUUCAAUGAUGGAAAAGUCUAUAAUCUGCACUGUCCAAUACAGUAGCUACUGGCCACAUGUGGCUAUUGAACACUUGAAAAUAUGACUAGUAUGACUGAGGAACUGAAUUUUUUUCUUUAAUUUUAGUGUUCAUGAAAAUAUAAUUAUACACGUGUAGCUAGUGGCUAUUAGACUGCACAGUGCGGAUAGCUAACUACAUCGCUUUGCUGGCUGAUAGUAUUUUGCAACACAUCACUGCUGAUCUCGUGCUUUAGGAGUCUCUGGAGGCAUUUCUCCUAUCUGUUCAGCUUUUCCGAAGGUCAGAAAGAUGUGGGGAUUCAUGAGCUAUUUAAACUAGCAUGCUGUGAGAGUAUUGCUGAUGAAGAAAGGUGCCUUUACCUCUAGGGGAUCCUGAGGAGGUAGCAGGAAAAUGACCUACAUGUGCCCUUUGAGCUCCUGUCUGAAAUAUAACAACAGCUUUUUCUGGGAAGGCCCUUUAUAGUUCUGAAAGUAUUUCUGAAGAUCCUCUUUCAUUUGUUUCUCACAAUUACCCAUUGAGACAAACAGUCUGAGUCCAGGAAUCUUUUCUUUAUACCAGGAGAUGUUUCUUAUAACAAAACUUGUGCCCAAAUUCUGGAAUCAGUUACGCUCUCAAGCUCUGAAGGCAAACGUUAAAAAAAAAAAAAAAAUUGCAGGUUGGUGACCAAAAAACAUCUUUGGAUAGAAUAAAUGAAUUCAUGAACAUAAAGUGUGAAAGUAGUACAUCAUUUCAUCAUGUCCUAACUCUAUCUGCAAGAAGGAAUUUUAGCAUACUUUUAAAAAGGCCAGUAAAUAUCAUAUGUGAAUCACAUCUGUUCACAGAUUCUCCACUUUUUAAUUGUUUAAUUUUUACUUCUUUUAUUUCAGAAGCUCUUGAAACGUGCAUCAGGUCUAAAGGGCGGGAGCUUGCUGUCAGCCAUUACGGGAACCAUGAGUAAUAAUGGAACAACCCUAACCACUGGGUUCAUCUCCUCCUCUGUAGCUAUCCUUUUGUUUGGUUCAAACUUCGUGCCACUGAAAAAAUAUGAUACUGGUGAUGGCAUGUUUCUCCAGUGGGUUCUUUGUUCGGCAAUAUGGCUGAUUGCCUUGGUGGCCAAUCUGAUGUUACGUUGCCCUAAAUUCUGGCCUUUUGCAAUGAUUGGGGGCUGCAUUUGGGCAACAGGGAACAUUGCUGUAGUCCCAAUUAUCAAAACCAUUGGUUUAGGCCUUGGCGUCUUAAUCUGGGGAUCAUUUAAUGCAUUCACUGGCUGGGCAAGCUCAAGGUUUGGCUGGUUUGGAAUGGAUGCACAAGAAGUAUCAAAACCGCUGCUUAAUUACGUUGGAGCUGGACUAUCAAUAAUAAGUGCUUUCAUAUUUUUGUUCAUCAAAAGUGAAAUACCAAGUAACACAUGUUCCAUGGAAAGCACACCCUUAAUAUCAGAGCAUGCGAUCAACACAAGUCAAGAUACCUGUCCUAAUUAUUCCUGGGUGGAUAAACUUUCUACAGUACAACAACGCAUAGUGGGAUGUAGUCUUGCAGUGAUAUCUGGAGUACUCUAUGGAUGUACAUUUGUGCCAAUCAUUUAUAUCAAGGACCACAGCAAAAGAAAUGAUAGCACGUAUGCAGGGGCAAGUCAAUAUGAUUUAGAUUAUGUUUUUGCACACUGCAGUGGUAUCUUUCUUACAAGUACAGUCUACUUUCUGGCCUACUGCAUAGCCAUGAAAAAUAGACCUAAAUUAUAUCCUGAAGCAGUCUUACCAGGAUUCCUGUCAGGAACACUUUGGGCAAUAGCCACUUGUUGCUGGUUCAUCGCUAAUCACUCUCUAAGUGCUGUGGUCAGUUUUCCGAUAAUUACUGCCGGUCCAGGAUUGAUAGCUGCAAUGUGGGGUGUCUUCAUGUUUAAGGAAAUACAGGGUCUACAAAACUACCUGCUAAUGAUCCUUGCAUUUUGCAUCAUCUUGGCUGGAGCUUUAUGCACUGCUUUUUCUAAAAUCUAACCGUCACAAAACCAGCAGAUGGCAGCGGUGGGGAAGAGACUGCCUCUGCUCAGGCCUAGAGAGACAAUGCUGGGAACAGAAAGUUUAUUUUCCUACUGCAAGUGAAUCUCAACCACUCUCCAAGUGUGUAAAUGAUUAUUUCUUUCACAAUGUGAUAACGAAGGAAAACUGAGUUUCAGUCAAGUCUAGAAAGAAAAAAUUCUUCUGAUGAACUGUAUGUGAAGGUAGGAAUUUACUGGUGACUAAAAUGUCUACAUUCUUAUAGCAUUACAUGUCAGGGUGCUCUUUUUACAAUACGUAACCAGGAUUGCAUAAUCUAGAAAACUGCAUGAGGUCCACAUACAAAGAAUUUACAGCCAACAUUUCCAGCCUAUUACCCUCAUUAAUCAAGAGAGACAGAAAGACCUGAGGGGUAGGGGAAGACUUACCUUGUAAUGGAAUUAGAAUCCAAAGACAUCUCGAUCCUUGCUAAAUAAGAAAAUGUCCCACUUGGUAGCUGAAUGUUAAAACAGGUAUUUCACUAUUUUCAGGAAAAAUAUUUUUCCUUAAAUUAGUAUUGCCCCAGCUCUACCUCAUCCACCCAUGUUAGCAUGAACUGUUUCUAUCUCCAGAUAAAAUCCAUCCCCAAAGAACAAAAAUUUUUCAUUAUUGAGGAUAUGUGUAUAAUACAUAUACAUGCAUACUUGUGUGUGUGUAUAUAUAUAUACUCAUACAUAUAUACACACAUACACAUACGUAUGCAUACAUACACUAUUCCAAAUUUUGGAGAACAUUAUAGUAUGAUUGAAGCGAAGUUCUAGCUUAGCAGAGUGAGAAAUUUUAAAGGGACUAACACUCCUUUGAAUGUAUAAUUUAUUGUUGUGUUUUUUUUCCACUGAAAUAUACUCUUUCCUAAAAACCCUGUUCUAACUGGUAGUUUACCUGCUUUCUUUCCAUGUUAAAUAGCUGUGUCUACUAGGCAAAGAAAAACGACAGACACUCUGGUUUUCUUUAUGAAAACAGAAAUGGAAAUACUGGUACAACGUCUAUCACGAAGGUUUCCAUUUUCUAGUUGCUUCUGGUGGGAACUUCUGGUCAAAUAUAAGUUUUACACAUUCCCACUUCAGAGCGCAGCAGAGACACGGCGGCAUUCUGCUGAAGCACGUGGGCUUUGAAGCCAGCCGGCAUGAGAUCAAGUCCCACCUCAGUCUCAUCUUACUUGUGUGACUUUGGACAAGUUCGUGAACUCCCUGUAUCAGACUUCUCACCUGUAAAAUGGCAAUGAUGGUAAUACCUACAUUACAUGGUUACUGUAAGGUUCAAAUUAGUUAAAAUCUGUAAAGUGUAUUCAAGAGAGUCUAACAAACAUUAUAUAAAAUUGUCAGCUAUUAUUAUUACGUGUUUUUUGAGAGAGCAAACGUGUCUGUACAUCGGAGAAUACCUUGUUAAGAACUAUUGCCUUUAUGCAUCCCUCCCAAUCUAAACAAUUAUACUUCUUCUUCUGUGAAUACAUUUAAAAGAAUGAUACUGGAGUCCUGGUUUAGUUGUUGACUUGCUGAUAUAAAAUAUUCGAUUGUCACAUCUUAUAAAAACUCAUUUUAAUUUCAAAUGUCAUCAUUCUGAUAAGAUUUGAAUAAACUGACGUGAUGAUACAAAAGCUAUUUUUCUCAUCAGAACAUAUUUUUAGAGUUUUUUUAUUGGAUACUUUUUAAUUAUUUUUGCAUCGAUAUUGCCAAUUUACAUGCAAAUUUUUAGAUGUGAAAUAAAGCAGCUGCAGAAGAAAAAUUUUAAAAAUCUUAUCACCACUAUAUACCUUCUCCUGCCAGACAAUGCCCAUGUUGUUAGUAAGAGCAGUGUGGAAAAACUAAACUCUUCCUGAAUGAUUACCAAACAAACCACUUAUUUUAGAGGUUAGUCUGAAUGGAUAAUUGUCUUGGGUCACCUGCAGAAGUGGUGGCUAUCUCUCUUGAAGUCUGGAGGUUUUAUUUUUGUAUAUUGUCGAUCACAGUCAAAUUCUUGUGUUUAUCUAACUUUUUCUGACCUGGCUUUCUGUGUCAGCACUCUCUGAAAUGGCAGCCUUGUACGGCUCAGACAGAUCCUGACACCUUGUGCACACAGAGCGCUAAGCCAAGAAGUUAUGAGUUGCUGUCUAGUCAGCUUCCAAGUCGAAAGACAGCUACCCAACAGGAUGGCAUCCAGUUUAGGGGAAUUUUCUACUGUAGGAACCCAAAAUUCUAAUGAGUCUUAAAAUAUUAAUAGAAUAGCAUUUUCCCUGAACUGCCAUUCUCCUUUAUUCCUGUUGUACUGAUUUAUUUUUACUUAGAGUUGCUAACUGCUAGACCUAUGUGUAUCAAUAUUGAUAGAGCUGAGAAGCAGAUUGAGCGAAAAAAGCAAGUUGGUGCACAGCAUGAUGCCAUUUGAGCAAAUUUAAAAAACCAAAGUAAAGCCUAUUUUCUAUAAAUGUAUACAUAUGUAAAAGAUUUAAAAAGUAGAGACGAAACCCUUAACAGCAGUUAUUUCUGGUGAGGGCGAAUGGGAUCAGAAUGGUAAUGCUGGGGUCGAGGUGAACUGUAUCAUUACUGGUAAUGUUCCAAUUUUAGAGGCAAUGAGUUUGUAUAUGUGUUCUUCAAUGUAUGUUAGAGAAUCAACAGAAGAAAGCACAGAAGCAUCUGUAUGUCCAAAUGUUAACGUGAUUGAGUCCGGGUAGAGAGAAUAUAAGGAGCUCUGGUGGUGCAAUGGUUAAGUGCU